CAGCCCAGCUGAGGCAGAGUUUUAGGGGAAGUCAGUUACACACUCUGCUAGGAACCUCCUGCCUCUUACACAGACACCGCUUGCAGGACAGGACACACUCCGGAUCACCUAAUCACCUGCCCUAAAAAAGGAUUUUGUUCUUCUUUUUUAUUUUACCAUCACCACCGCCACCUUUGUCUACCAUGACCAGGCCCAAGUCGUCCAAAAUCAUCUGCAAUAUUAUGAUUGCCUGCCUGUUCCUGUGGUUGGUCAGCUCCCUCAUCKUCAUCGUGGUGUGGGCCACCUCUCCGGACAUGGAGGGCGCCAGCCAGUGCAGGGCUGAUCUGCAGAACCUGACAGAGAAGCACGAGGAAGCCAGGGUGCUGUACGCCAAGAACAAGCAGGCCCUGGAGGAGAUGGUGGAGGAGGGCCGCACCAACCAGACCUGGCAGGUCAUGAAGAUGGAGCGGUUCCUGAAGCGUCUGGGCAAGACCAACGUGUCCCUGGCUGACUGUCAUCAGGAAAGCGUUAUUUUGGGUGUAAACAUUACUGUCCUGGAAAAAGAGAUUGAGAUGCAUAAAGAAAUCGAGGAAAAUCUCACUUCAGAAAUCACGCUACGCCAAGAGCACAUCAAAUUCCUUCAGGAUAACUUGACACAGGCAUCUCAUAAGUGGGAGUCCUGCGAGGCUUUGCACUCAGCUGCUGAGAGUCAGCGGAUAGCAGACCAAGAGAGCCAGACCAAGGACUGCGAGUCCAGCAAGCAGUAUUUACAGAAGCAGCUGCAGAUGUGCAAAGUGAACCAUCACGACGAGCCUGUGAAUGGCGGAGUUGCCGCACCCCUCAGUAGCAUUCUUGCCCUGUCCGUUGUCCUCUUCGUCAGUCUGCAUUUGAUAACAUGAACAUGAUGCUGAGCCAGUGAGGUUAUUGAAGACAAUUAAGACAAGUUCUCCAGGACAAUAAGAUGGACCUGUACUUGAUAUUAUAUGGUUAUUAGUGCUGAGCAAUUAACCAUCGUAAAAAGUUAUUAAACAAAUAAUUGACCAACCUCGGUUCAAUUACUUGAAUUUUUUUUUUUUUGUGAGCCCAACUCGCCGUUUCUCUAGAGAGAAAUCAAAUGAUUCACAAGAUAAAUCAACUCAAGAACUAUGUGGGACGCUGGGCUGAAGGGAGUUUCCGUUAAGCAAAUAUUCAACCUAGUUCAUUGCAGAAACAUGGUAAUUAUCUACAAUGACCYUAAUCUAUUGUGCCUGUUUUUCUGUCUCAGGCAGAGACAGAAACGCUUUUACUCCUGCUAUGUUAGGUUAGAUAUACAGUGGGGAGAACAAGUAUUUGAUACACUGCUGAUUUUGCAGGUUUUCCUACUUACAAAGCAUGUAGAGGUCUGUAAUUURUAUCAUYGGUACACUUCAACUYUGAGAGACGGAAUCUAAAACAAAAAUCCAGAAAAUCA